CUCAGGAAUAGCAGCGUGCAAUAAGUCCCCACUGGAGCAUUAAUCCAUAUACUUUUUCCAGUCUGUUCCAGUUUUGGCACUGAGUAAUAUUAUUCAACACGCUCUGAGAAUAAAUGGUUAAAGCACCAGAGAACGAACACCCACAAAAAGCUUUUGGGUGGGCUGCUAGGGACACCUCCGGAAUUCUGUCGCCGUUCGAUUUCUCUCGGAGACAAAAUGGUGAUGAUGAUGUUACUGUCAGGAUACUUUACUGUGGCGUAUGUCACUCCGACUUGCAUUGUUUGAAGAAUGAGUGGGGAUUCACAAAAUACCCUAUCGUCCCUGGGCAUGAAAUUGUUGGUCUAGUGACUGCAGUUGGCACUAGUGUCCAUAGAUUCAAGGUUGGUGACCGAGUUGGAGUUGGAGUGAUUGUAGGCUCCUGUCACACGUGUGAUAUCUGUGAACAGAGCUUGGAAAACUAUUGUCCCAAAGUUAUGUUCACCUACAACUCCACAUACCAUGACGGUACAAGGACAUAUGGUGGUUACUCCGAUAUGAUAGUUGUUCAUCAGCGCUUUGUUCUUCAAUUUCCUGAAAACCUACCUUCUGAUGCUGGAGCACCUUUAUUAUGUGCUGGAAUCACUGUAUACAGCCCAAUGAAAUACUAUGGUAUGACCGAGCCAGGCAAGCAUUUGGGUGUUGCUGGAUUAGGGGGGCUUGGUCAUGUUGCUGUGAAGAUUGGAAAGGCCUUUGGGUUAAAAGUUACUGUCAUCAGCACUUCUCCUAAGAAGGAAGAUGAGGCCAUCAAGAAGCUUGGUGCGGAUGCUUUCGUUUUAAGUAGUGAUCCUACAAAAAUGAAGGCUUUUGUAAAUACUAUGGAUUACAUUAUUGACACCAUUGGUGCGGUUCAUCCAUUGGCUCCGUUGCUCAGUUUGCUAAAGGUGGAUGGUAAACUUGUCACUGUUGGGUUACCUGAAAAGCCACUGGAGCUUCCGAUUUUCCCUUUAGUUUUGGGUAGGAAGCUAGUUGGGGGAAGUGACAUUGGAGGCAUGAAAGAGACGCAGGAAAUGUUAGACUUUUGUGCAAAGCACAACAUUACAGCAGAUAUCGAGCUGAUCCGAGUGGAGCAAAUCAAUACGGCCAUGGAACGACUUGCAAAAUCUGACGUUAAAUACCGGUUUGUGAUUGACAUUGCAAACUCUAUAUCAUGCCCUGGUCGUUCAAUGUAGUUGCUGUUUCUUCCUUCAAUACCAGAAAAAAACUCAUAUUCGAAAAAUUGAGCAUGUAUUUGUGAUAAGUUGAUAUAUGACUGAUCAACUUGUGAGUUAUGGAGUAUUAUUAAGACGAGAAAUGUUUGAGCUUCUGUGUUUUUAUCA